GUCUGCUGAGCCUUGAGCCCCUGGGCUGGCAUGCAGGAGCCCUAGGGGUGGUGGACCUUCCUCUCCUGCCUCUGGAGGAACCUUCCUCCCUGGACCUGUGUCGCCCGGCCGAGAGCCCACAGCUCCUCCCACUUCCCCUGGCCAGCCCCUCCCCUGCCUGGCUGCUGCUGCUGAUCAAGCAGGCCUGCCUGCCAAGCUGAUUGCAAGCAGGUUCCUAGAGGCAAAAAUGGCUGCCAGCUGCCGAGGUCUCAGUAGGGUAGUGGGAGUCUCUCCUGGCCCUGCUGUGAGAAGAGUCCACUCAGGAGCUGGGGGACACGUGAAGGCUGAGUACGAUGCGGUAGUGAUAGGAGCAGGACACAACGGUCUGGUGGCUGCAGCAUACCUGCAGAAGCUGGGGGUGAACACAGUGGUCUUCGAGAGGCGUCAUGUGAUCGGGGGUGCCAGUGUCACUGAGGAAAUCAUCCCAGGGUUUAAGUUCUCCCGAGCAUCCUACCUGCUCAGCCUGCUGAGGCCUCAGAUUUAUACCGAACUGGAGCUAAAGAAACACGGCCUGAGGCUUCAUCCUCGAAAUCCCUACUCCUUCACCCCCAUGCUGGAAGGUGACACAGGGAACAAAGUGCCCAGGUCCCUUCUGCUGGGCACAGACAUGGCAGAAAACCAGAAGCAGAUUGCCCAGUUCUCACAGAAAGAUGCCCAGGCCUUUCCCAGAUAUGAGGAGUACAUGAACCGCUUGGUACGGGCUAUUGACCCUCUGCUGGAUGCAGCCCCUGUGGAUAUGGCAGCCUUCCAGCAUGACUCCCUGCUGCAGAGGCUGAAGGCACUGUCCACUCUCAAACCCCUGCUGAGGGCAGGCCGCAUCCUUGGGGCCCGGCUUCCCCAGUACUACCAGGUCCUCACAGCUCCCAUUACCAAGGUGCUGGACCAGUGGUUUGAGUCAGAGCCUCUAAAAGCCACUCUAGCAACAGAUGCUGUGAUUGGAGCCAUGACAAGCCCCCACACUCCAGGGAGUGGAUAUGUGCUGCUGCAUCAUGUGAUGGGGCACCUGGAGGGAGUGCAGGGUGCCUGGGGCUAUGUCCAGGGUGGCAUGGGUGCCCUUGCUGAUGCCAUUGCAAGCUCAGCUUCUGCAUAUGGAACAAGUAUUUUCACUGAAAAGACAGUGACCAGGGUACAAGUCAACAGUGAAGGACGCGUUCAAGGAGUUGUACUACAGGAUGGCCUGGAGGUGAGGAGCAAAGUGGUGCUGUCCAGUGCAUCGCCUCAGGUCACCUUCUUGAAGUUGACACCACAGGAAUGGCUUCCAGAGGCAUUCACAAAGAGAAUUUCCCAGCUGGACACACAGUCUCCUGUUACCAAGAUCAAUGUGGCCGUGGACAAGCUGCCCAACUUCCUGGCAGCUCCUAAUGCUCCCAAAGGCCAGCCGCUCCCCCAUCACCAGUGCUCCAUCCACUUGAACUGCGAAAACACCCUCCUCCUCCAUCAGGCCUUUGAAGAUGCCAAGGGCGGCCUGCCUUCUUGCAGGCCUAUGAUUGAGCUCUGUAUCCCAUCUUCGCUGGACUCCACGCUGGCUCCCCCUGGUUGCCAUGUAAUCUCCCUCUUCACCCAGUACACGCCCUACACUCUGGCAGGAGGCAAGAUCUGGGAUAAGCAGGAGAAAAAUGCUUACGCAGACAAAGUAUUUGAUUGCAUCGAGGCCUACGCCCCUGGCUUCAAGGGCUCAGUGGUGGGCAGAGACAUCCUCACCCCGCCAGAUCUGGAGAGAAUCUUUGGGCUUCCUGGAGGGAACAUAUUCCACUGUGCGAUGUCCCUGGACCAGCUCUAUUUCGCCCGCCCCGUGCCACUGCACUCUGGGUACCGCUCCCCUCUCUCAGGCCUCUAUCUUUGUGGCAGCGGGGCCCAUCCUGGAGGAGGAGUCAUGGGAGCUGCUGGACGAAAUGCAGCCCAUGUGGUCUUUAGGGACCUUAAGAGCAUGUGACACUGACUCAACCCCGCCUAGGAGGACAGACUCACUGCUGCCAAAGGUUGGCUCAGCUGUCUAGGAAGCUGUAUUCCAAAGGUCACUAUUCCUGGCAGCCAAGUCCACAAAAGCCAGCUGGUGUUUUAGAAGAAUGUACAGGUUACACUUAGCACAGUUACCUGUACCCUGUGCUCCUGUGAACAAAUUGGCUGUGUUUUAUUAAAAACUGUUUUAGACAUA